CAGAAAUUCGUAGACAAGAUCGUCAAGGAACAGGCGUGGGUGGAGCAUCUGGUUGGUAUGGCAACGCAGUACCAUAGCAACGCUCUAAAGGUCAGCGAUAGCGAUGUGGUGCCUGCGGGAUGGGAGGAGUGUGCGCUUUUGGCGGCAACUUGUCUCUUGUUUAUCGCCACACGAGAAAGUUAUUCUGCACAGCAGGCGGUUAAAGAUUUAGAUUCUGGUGAAGAUGGCGAUGGCAGUAUGUCCAUCCAGACAGUGCGCAGUGACGCACACUUUCACUAUGUUUUGGCGCAAGAGAACUCCCGCGAGUUGACAGCCUUGGUGAAACUCAUGCAAGCGGUGGACCCCAACGAUAUCGUUUCCAUGGCAACGGAUGAGUCAUCAUCAUCCUUCCCAGGAGCCAAUCAGAUAUCCUUAUUCGUUCCCAGCAGCCAGAACGGCGCCAUGAACCGAGUCAACGGCCGCGUUACCAUGGCAACGCCCAAACCGGUGGUGGAGUACUAUUCGGACUUCAGUAUUGUUAUCAUGCAUGCGGUGUACUACGGUGUGUACGCCUACACGAGUGUGCACUGCAACACGGAAGUCAAACUGAUCACCAAUCUCUUGGACGGCCCGUGGAAGAGCCGUACGCUGCAGAGUGUCUACUCGUUGUUCCUCGCAACAACCAUGGAGAGGGGUCUGGUCGAUGGCGACACAGUCCAGCACGACGAGUAUCUGGCUAAAGCACUUCAGCACACAGUACCCGCUACAGAUAGAGCCCAUGACACACUCUCCGUGCAUCCCACGACCCUUCAACUCAUGGGAGAGCACCAGUUGAUUGGUGGCGAUGGCAGUGACGGUGAUGUGGGCCGAGAGAAUGUGCUGCGCAUUCUUCGUACGCGUGUGGUGACGUCUCUGUUCAUCGAGGGCAGCGAGAAUAGGGAGCUGUUCCUGAGGUGCUACGAGGAGAUCAUGGGCUGCGUGUACCUGAUGAAGAAAGACGAGUGGCUGCGUAAGUCGCAGAGCAUCACUGAGAUGAUUGUGCUGCGUGAGUUUGUUGAUCUGUGGGGUGCGUUGUAUAAGGAUUGGCCUGAGGGUACCUUAGUGCUACUGAGGACCGAGUGCUUGGAGAGACUGUUGGCGUACGGCUUUGACGUCCCGGAGGAGGCACAGGACUUCAAAUUGAAGGCUCAACACUGUCUAGCCGUGUACGCGUCCUUCAUUGGAAUGUUGGGCAGUCUGUGUAACAGCAGCGAGUGCAGCGCACAGUUGACAGCCGCCAUUAAGUACCGUGAAGAUCGGUUGUCAUGGAAACGCUUCAAGGAGUUCAUUGACGACUACGUGAGAGAUCUGGAUCCCUCGAGAAGAGCGUAUGCGAAUGGGGGGCGUAUACCAGCACCAGCAGCAUCCAUGGGUACUUACACCCAGGGUGGUAAUUAUGGCAACUACGAUACCAGCGGUAACCAUGGCAACUACGAUCCACAUUGGAAUGGCUCGCAAGGCGGCUACGCCCAAAAUCUGCGCCCCACUUUUGGCAGCCAGAGAGCUUUUGAAGGCAACGGCUUCGGACAGCAACAACACACAUUACAAGACACUCACAUGUAUGAGCGCAGAGACAGUGCACGUAAUAUGGACACCGCAAACGACAAGGAUGCGGAGACGGAUCAAGACAUGCCACAAAUCGAUCCCACGGAUGAAAAGGGCCUGCGACUGAUUCUGAGGCUCAUCAGACGAGCAUGUAGAUACCCAGACUCCGACGCCGUUAAACACAUCGCCUACAAAUGGGAGCCAGUGGGGCAACUGUUCAAACUGCUGACGUGUCGCAUUCCACUGACACUGCGUGCAGCUGUCAUGCGCACAAUCGCCGCAUUCGCCAUCACACCCGCUCACGCCUAUGAACUGUGGAGUGUUAUGGAUGAACACAACCUGCGUGAUGUCGUGCUUGUGGACAGGCAGGCGUUAGAAGCCAAGGAUGGCGUCUACCCCCUCACCAUCGCAUUCCUGGAGCUACUCCACGUGCUCCUAAAUGCCACAGAUCAUUUAAAACUGACCAAUACGCUGGGGCUGCCUCGCCGCGUGCCGGGGCUGGCGGCGUAUCUGCGGUUUGUGGUCGAUGUGUUUGUCUUAGCACAGGACGCGGCCUUUGUGUAUGAGAGCGAGCGCUGGAAGGUGUUCAAGCUGUGUUCGGGCAUCUUCGAGGUCGUCCUGACUCAGUACAAAAUCAGCCCAGCGCACUUCUACGACCGCUACUACUCACCCGACAACGCCUACACCGACGACCCACUCCUCCCACUGACCACACAGCAGGACCUGCAACAGCAACAGCAAACAAGGUCCGCCUUCUCUGACCCGGAUUCGUCACUGUAUCCCGACGGGAGCCUCUCUGCAGACAGUUCGCUAAUUGCACCCACGCACGUGUGCCAGAGUGAGCGCGCCAACCGACCACCCGGCAUGCAGUUGCUGACUGAGUUUUUGACGGGAAACAAGCAGCCGCUGGUGAAGGGUGUUCUGCGAUUGUUGGAAAGGGGUGUUUCUGCGCUCACGAGGGCCAAGAAUAUGGCCAAACGCAAUGCACAGUGCAAGAAGCUGCAUGCACGGGCUGAGAUAUGUAUCCGAAGUUCUCUGCGUCUGAUCCAUGCGGUGCUGGUUAGUCAGGCGGAUUUCAUACACUUCGCCAUUAGCGCCGGUUCAAAGAAUUGUCUGCCCACACUCGUACCUUUGGAGAAGCACGUGAUCAGCGCUGACAAGCAUCCCGUUAUGGGCCACACCAAUAGCGUCAAAGCCAUUGCACAGUUCGUGUCGUACGAUUGCGCAGAAAUCGCCUCUCUGUCGGUGCGUAUCAUGACUCUGCUCUCGCAGGCACUAGUAUCAGGGCCCAAACUGGUACCUUUAGUGCGUGAUACUCAGAUCAAAGCAGAGUCGUACGUGAUGGGCCACGUCUCGUCAAUCGAUAGCGAUCGACGCGACUUCAUGAUGGGCUAUGUACAGCGUCUGGUGCAACGCGCACCACGUGUGCCCACACUCGACACAGCACACACCCGACACAGCGACAAAUACACCCGCGACAACAGGCUCACACGCACUGGCACGGGAUCAACUACACGCCCUGAUGCGGCAAAGGAUCAAAAUUUGCCGCACACCCCCAGCCACGACAUCCUGGAGGAGAUAGUGCAGCUGCUAAUCGUCAACCUCACCGACGUUCCCUUUCCCAACGUCGCUCACUACAUCCUCGGAUACGACCUCAACACACCCGAAACCACUGAUUUGCGACGCGAACGGUCGUGUCUGUAUCAUAUCCACGCCAUGGUGCAAAUGGGCGUGCACGAGCGGAGCGGGCGUUCCCAUGGCAACGGGGGGGGUGGGGUAGGUAGGGAUGGAGACCGGAUGUAUGAGGCGUAUAUGGGCACGCAGACACUCACCGGCACAGGGGCGAACGGUGGCAGAGGUCAGCGGAUGGGCCGAGGAGAGGAAGGGGAGACACUGUUCCAGUUCAACCCCAAACUCAGCGAACUAUGCUACCGCCUCAUCUACCUACUGUGCACGCAGGUAUAUUAUUACACCACACAGACGUAA